AUAAAAUCAAGCUGUUUGACACAAAUUUUCAACGAAAUGAGCGAGGCGGAAAACAAAAAUGCUUUAUUAAAAUCCAAAUGCGAGCAGUCCGAUCAGCCAUACUCUGCGAAUAUCUACAAUGAGGAUGAUCACGAUUGGUGGGCAAGUGACAGUGGUUCCAGCACAGGGUCAUAUUACUCAGACACCGACAGCUCUGUGGUUGAAUGGGAAUCGGAGAUUGGACCCACCGGAGAAGUAUUCUAUAUAGAAUCCGCAGAGGAAAGUCUACUCGAGAAUCCUACAAUUUCAGAGAAUGACAUCGAAAGCCCUCAGCCAGAAUUAACACGUCGCCGUAGUACGAGAGCUGGUAAACUGUUUCGUCUUAUUAGACGUAAGGAAAGCAAGCGAUGGAGCACGAGAAAUAAAAGGAUUAACAAUAGCGCUGCGACAAAUAAUAUAACUGCUGAAGAAAAAGGAGAUGGGAGCAAGGAAGUCAAAUUUCAAGAUUUCCAGGCAGGAGAAAUUCGACAAGUCACAUUAUGGGUCGAUCCUGAGAGAAGACAUAAACUGGGAAGAAGGGCAACCUUAUGUGAAGCGUACUUCGGUAUUACUCCGGGUGCGUUCUCGGACAAAGUGAGAGUUAUGGUGGCCGGAUUUAUACCCGAUGGUGAAGCUAUGAAAAAGAGAAAUAUAAAAAUCGGAGACUGGUUACGAAGCAUCAAUUCGAACAACGUUACUUUUCAGAAUUUAGAUCGGAUACUAUCUGAAAUCACUACGCCAUCAAAUGUAACAUUAGAACUGCAAAGAGUAGCUGGUGUUGAUGUUACUGCAAAAUUACCAAAAGUAAAUGAACCAAAACAAUCAAUAUUGGCCCAGUAUUUGGUGAAUAAAGAAUCCAAUAAUUUCUUUAUGGAAUCUCUGUUGAAUUAUCCGUUGGGCGUAAUAUAUUUAAAAACUGCGGAUCUUUCGGAAAUGGGACAAGAGUUGCAAGGUGUAUUAUAUACGUUCCCACGCUCCGAAACUAAAAAUGUGCAUUCUUCUCUAUGUACAGCAAGGGGAGCUUUUAUAACUCUUAAUCAUUUAUUACCCAGUAUAGUAGGCACAGAACCACUCAGUACAACUGCCUAUAUAGGCGAAGAAGAAACGCAUAUUGCAUACACAUCCCGUAACGAUGAAUUACUUUUGAUAGCUUUACCGGGCAAAUGCUGUACCUCUCAGGAGAUUAUUAAGAUUACAGAAGACAUUGUCAGAACAUUAGAAUUUACCUAUCAAUCACUAACAAAGUGCUUUACUUCUGUGGAGAACCAGUUUUUUUUGGAUCAUUUUUUCACUUUAAUUAUGCACAGAUUAAUAAAUAUUAAAGAUUCUUAUAAAGAAUCUACUGAUAUUAAAAAAAAGUCACAAAAUAGUACCGAAAAUGUGGAGAAUUAUAAAUUUAGAAGCGCUUUUUCAGUCGCAAGCUUUAUACAGUUACCGAGAGACGCGCAAAUUCAAAUAGACGCUGCGUUAAGCGAGAUGGAAGCUAUGGAUUACAGAGACUGGAACGAAGAUCCUAUGGAUUGUAAAAGAUUAUAUACUAUAUUAGGGAGCUGCAUUUAUCACAAGAGCCAUCUUCUAGGAUCUCAUUUACCUCACGAAGAUCUGAUCGACGUACAUUCGUUCUUGAGACAUAACGGCUUAUUAAAUCUGGUGAGCCAAGAACAAGUAAAAUGUCUAGUUUUGUGGAAACAAAUUUAUCCCUCGUCUUGCAAUCGUGGCAAUAUUGAUAGCAAUGACAGCAACCAGUUAUUAAUAUUAAAUGGAAAAUGGUUUUUAUUGGUUGUCGGGUAUGGGCAUGAUUUAUUAGCGGUGCUGUUGGAAUCUGGCGGAUGCACUGCAAAAUACAAUGACACGAUUGGCCCAGAUGUAUUUUACGUGGAAGAGGCUCAAGAGACAUUGAAGCAUGUACAAAAAAUAGGAGUUACGGUUUUGGCAUCGAAAUGGAUUACAUCCAAUACCAGACCCGAAGUAAUACCAUAUGAGGAACAUAUAACAACGAAAGCAUCAUCCAGUAUAACGGAAAACCUAUUUGGUUUGAUAAAAUCAACGUCCGAUGCGCAAACUGUACCAUCUAAGCAAAAUGUCAAUCCUGCUAUUAAUAAGAAACCGCAAGAAUUGCCUUCUAUCUUGAAGAAACGAAAUCCUGAAGAAAAUCCUGUGAUCUUGGGUUCUGUGUAUUCCUUACAAACAUCCGAAGAUUCACUCAGCCAAGGAACAGGUGGUGUUAGCGAAAUGAGCGAUGAGGCAAUGCCUAUACUUGGAAGACGAGCAAUCAGAGAAAAGAUCAAUUCGGCAUCGAGAUAUUCAGAUGACAGUGAUUCAGAUAUCGACAUAUAUAAGAGUGAUAGUAACGUGCUUACAAUGGAUAUAUCCAAUAUACGAGAGAACUUGUUAAACCAAGCAGAAUAUUUAGUACCUCAAAAACUAACUGCAGGUGAUAAAAAUUAUUUGUAUCAUUAUGUUCAAUUGGACAUGGUGGAAGGAAUUCUAUUAACAUCAAUGCCUAUUCAAAAUACAAAGGAUAACAAGAUUCUUGUUAACUUUAAUAAGUGUGUACAUGUUAUUCAUAGACUAUUACGUAAUACAGUAAGAUUUAAGAUGUUGAAUCAAGAUAUAGAUAAAACGGUAAUCAACAAAAGUUUAAUCGCUGUUAAAGAACACGGUGUAUUAUUUGAAUGGGAAAAUACAGCUUUUUGGGUAAUUGGACGUCUCUAUACGAGCCCUCAUCCAAAGGAAUUGUACGUGUGCCAUCAAGACUCUGCACCUCAGAAUCUAAUCGAAAUAGCUUUUCGAUUACACUCGUAACACUUAUACUGUGUAUGUAUACAGAAAAUACGCAUAUUUUGAAUAAAUUUUUA